AUGGAGGAAAGGGGAAUUGAAAAUGACUUGAGUCAGCUUGUGUGCCUUCGGACAGCCAAUGCAGACGGGAAGCCCUAUCAGUGCCUGAGAUGUGAGAAAUCUUUUGCUCGUCAAUCGCAUCUAGAGAGCCACCACAGAAUCCACACCGGAGAAAAACCCUAUAAAUGCUUGGUGUGUGGGAAAUGUUUCUCUCAACAGCCUCACCUUGUGAGCCACCACAGAACCCACACAGGCGAGAAACCUUAUGAGUGCUCAGAGUGUGGGAAAUGUUUUGCUCACCAUUCAGGUUUUGUAAAACACCAGAGAAUCCACACAGGAGAGAAACCGUACCAGUGCCUAAAAUGCAAAAAGUGUUUUGGUUCCCAGUCCUACCUUGUGAAUCAUCUCAGAACCCACACUGGAGAGAAACCUUACAAAUGCUUGGAAUGUGGGAAAUGUUUUACUCAGCAAGGUCAUCUGAUGACCCACCGUCGGAUCCACACAGGAUACAAGCCCUUUACCUGUGCAGACUGUGGGAAACAUUUUGGUGAACGAUCAGCCCUCAUGAGUCACCAGAGAGUCCAUACGGGAGAGAAACCCUACAAAUGUUCAGAAUGUGGGAAAUGUUUUGCACACCGCUCAGCUCUUGUUAGUCACCAAAGAAUCCACACAGGAGAGAGACCCUAUGAAUGCUUGGUAUGUGGCAAAGAUUUUUCUCGGCAAUCGCAUCUUGCAAAACACAGGAAAAUUCAUACAGGGGAGAAACGCUAUAAAUGCUUGGAAUGUGGAAAAUGUUUUGCUGACAACUCUACCCUUGUGAUUCACCGUAGAGUCCACACUGGAGAGAAACCCUACAAGUGCACGUACUGUGAGAAAUGUUUUGCAUAUCGCUCUGCCCUUGUGAACCACCAGAGACUCCACACUGGAGAGAAGCCCUAUGAAUGCCUUGAAUGUGGAAAACGCUUUGCUCAGCAUGCAAACCGUCUAAUUCACCAAAUAGUCCACACAGGUGAAAAAAAAUCAAAAUGUCUGGAAUGUGGGAAAUGUUUUUCUCACCAGUCAUACCUUGUGAAUCACUACAGACUCCACACAGGAGAAAAACCCUAUAAGUGCUUGGACUGUGGGAAAACUUUUGCUCAGCAUUCCAAUCUUGCCACACACCGGAAAGUCCACACAGGAAUAAAGCCAUAUGAAUGCCAGCAGUGCGGGAAAGGUUUUUCUCAACGAUCCAGCUUUGCAACACACCUGAGAAGCCACACAGGAGAGAAGCCCUAUGAAUGUCUCAAGUGCGGGAAAUGUUUUGCUAACCAUGCACGUCUUGCGAGACACCAGACAGUCCACACAGGGGAGAAAAGGGCUAAAUGCUUGGAAUGUGGAAAAUGCUUUGCACGGCAGUCACAACUUGCAAACCAUAGGAAGGUCCAUACUGGAGAGAAACCAUAUGAGUGCUUGGAGUGCAGGACUAAAUUUGCUUAUCGUUCAACAUUUGUGAAACACCAGAGAGUCCACACAGGUGAGAAACCAUAUAAAUGUUUAGAGUGCGGGAAGUGUUUUGCUCAGCAAGCCAACCAUACAAUGCAUCUACGAGUCCACACAGGUGAGAAACCUUAUAAGUGCUCAGAGUGCGGGAAGUGUUUUACUCAACAUUCAAACUACGUGACGCAUCUGCGUGUCCACACAGGAGAGAAACCUUAUGAGUGUCCAGAAUGUGGAAAGCGUUUUUCCCAACACCCACACCUUGUGAUACACCAGACGGUCCACACAAGAAAGAAACAGUUAACCUGCUUGGAAUGUGGGAAGUCCUUUGCUCACCAGUCGCUCCUCACAACACACAAGAGAAUCCACACAGGUGAAAAACCUUACAACUGCUUAGAGUGUGGGAAACACUUUAGGCAACGAUCGCACCUCAUAUACCACCACAGAAUUCACACUGGAGAGAAACCAUUUAAAUGCCUUGAGUGUGGGAAACACUUUACUCAACAGACACACCUGAUUAGUCACCAGAGAGUACACAAGAAAGAAGAAUCCAAGGAGUGCCUUGAGUGCCAGAAAAGGGUUGGUGUGAAAGGAAAACUGUCUAAACAUAAAAGAUACCAUACAGCAGCUUUGAAGAAUGGAAAUUCCUGUCCUAAAUGUGGAAAAGUAUGGACCGAUGAAGCAAGCCUUGCAACACAUCAGAAAAGUAAUGCAGGAAAGAAAGUGGUAUGAGUGGUUUGCUUGUGAGAAAAGGAUGGUGCCCCCAAAGGAAGAGAGGAUCUAUGUGCAAGAAGUGUUUGGACAUCAAAAGAAA